AUGGCCACAGACGCAUCCCAGCCCCCCAGCCCCGCCAAACUUAUUGACGGGACUGCCCUGGCCAAAUCUAUUCGCGAGGAUGUCGCGCACCGAAUCAAGACGAAGCAGGUCACCUUUCCUCGGUUCCAACCUCAGCUCGCCAUCGUCCAGGCCGGCGACCGCCCCGAUUCUUCCACCUAUGUCCGCAUGAAAGCAAAGGCCGCUGAGCAAGUCGGAAUCAAGUUUCGCCACAUCAGUGUCCCCUCGGAGUCGACCGCAGAUCAAAUCGUCAAAAUUGUUCAAGAACUGAACGCGGAUGAAAGUAUCAGCGGGAUCCUCGUCCAACUCCCUCUUGGAGGCCACAUCGACUCUGCAGGAGAGCGUCUGGUGACAGAGGCAGUCAGUCCGACGAAGGAUGUCGAUGGUUUCCAUGCGUAUAACAUCGGUCACCUCUCAUCUCGCGCUUCGGAACCCCUCUUCGCACCAUGCACACCGUCGGCCGUCAUGCGUCUCCUUCAAUCUACCGGUAUCUCCCUCUCUGGUACCAACACAGUCGUUCUCGGCCGUAGUGAUAUCGUUGGAAGCCCAGUCGCGUCCAUGCUCAGGAAUGCCGACGCGACUGUGACACAAUGUCAUAGCCGGACAAAGAACGUGUCUGAUAUCAUAAAAAACGCGGAUGUUGUCGUCUCGGCUAUCGGAAAGGCAGAAUACGUCAAAGGAGAAUGGAUUAAACCUGGAGCUGUGGUUGUUGAUGUUGGAAUCAACUACGUACCUGAUGAGACCAAGAAAUCAGGUCAACGGUUGGUCGGAGACGUCGAGCAUUCAACCGCUGUCAACGUUGCGUCGCACAUUACACCGGUUCCAGGAGGUGUCGGGCCUAUGACCGUGGCCAUGCUCAUGGAAAAUACCCUACUUGCUGCAACACGCCAGUGGGAAGAGGCAAGAAACCGCAAGGUGAAGCCAUUGCCAUUGUCCCUCCUUGAGAAGGUCCCAAGCGACAUCGAAAUUGCCAUGGCCCAAACACCCAAACCUGUUGCUGAACUUGCGACUGAAAUCGGCAUCUUGGCCAAUGAGCUCGAAAGCUAUGGCAAGUACAAGGCAAAGGUUGACCUAAGCAUCCUUGAUCGCUUGGCUCACCGCAAAGACGGCAAGUAUAUCGUUGUAUCUGGCAUCACCCCUACUCCUCUUGGAGAAGGCAAAUCCACGACGACAAUCGGCCUGGCACAAGCCCUUGGUGCUGAACUCGGUCGACCUUCCUUUGCAUGUGUCCGACAGCCUAGUCAAGGACCGACAUUCGGAAUCAAGGGAGGGGCUGCAGGUGGUGGAUACAGUCAGGUUAUUCCGAUGGAUGAGUUCAACCUCCAUCUCACCGGUGAUAUUCAUGCUGUGACCGCCGCAAACAACUUGCUCGCUGCUGCUCUUGACGCUCGUAUCUUCCAUGAGGCUACCCAAAGCGACAAGGCUCUCUAUAGCCGUCUCGUCCCAGCUAAGAAAGGCAAACGCGAAUUUGCGCCUCUUAUGCUCAAGCGGCUAAAGAAGCUCGGCAUCGGCAAGACCAACCCUGAUGACUUGACCCCCGAAGAAAUCAAUCGCUUUGCUCGACUAGACGUCGACCUCGAGACUAUCACCUGGAAUCGUGUAAUGGACACCAACGACCGCUUCUUGCGUAAAAUCACCAUUGGACAGAAUUCGACAGAGCAAGGCCAUGAACGCGUAACCGGCUUCGAUAUUGCCGUCGCCAGCGAGUGCAUGGCCAUCCUAGCUCUCACUACCAGCUUAGAAGACAUGACGAAGCGCCUUGGUGCCAUGGUUGUUGCAACUAGCAAGCGGGGUGAACCCGUCACUGCAGAUGAUAUUGGUGUUUCUGGUGCCUUGGCUGUCCUCCUCAAGGAUGCCAUCAAGCCUAAUCUCAUGCAGACACUACAGGGAACACCUGUCUUUGUGCACGCUGGUCCUUUUGCUAACAUUGCCCACGGAAACUCGUCGAUCCUCGCCGACCGUGUUGCCCUUAAACUUGCUGGUACUGAAGAGGGCGACUCCCCAGACCGCGUGGGUUAUGUCUUGACAGAAGGUGGUUUCGGGGCGGACAUGGGCAUGGAGAAGUUCUGCAACAUCAAAUGCCGAGUCAGCGGUCUCAAACCCGAUGCUACCGUCAUAGUUGCUACCACUCGCGCCCUCAAGAUGCAUGGCGGUGGACCUGAUGUCACUCCUGGCAAGCCUCUGCACGACACGUACACCAAGGAGGAUCUUGUCACCCUCCGAGAGGGAUGCAAGAACUUGAAAAAGCAUAUUGAAAACUCUCGCAAGUUUGGCGUCAAGGUAAUUGUUGCUAUCAACCAAUUUGCUUCUGAUACAGAACCUGAGCUGGCACUCGUGCGCGAAGAAGCCCUCGCCGCAGGCGCCGACGGUGCAGUUGUGAGCAACCACUGGGCCGAGGGUGGAAAGGGAGCCAAGGCUCUCGCUGAAGCUGUGAUCGCCAUCUGCGAGGGUGAAUCGGAGUUCAAGUUCCUCUACGAUCUCAACCUUCCUAUUGAGGAAAAGAUUUCCAUUAUUGGAAGGGAGAUCUACGGCGGCGACGGCAUUCAACUCAGCGAUCUUGCUCGUCAGCAGGUUGACACGUACACACGCCAAGGGUAUAGCAAUCUUCCAAUUUGUAUGGCGAAGACACAAUACUCUUUCUCCCAUGACCCUAAGCUGAAGAAUGUGCCAUCAGGUUUUACCCUACCCAUUCGUGCUGUGCGGCUAUCAGCUGGUGCAGGUUUCCUGUACCCCAUUCUGGGCGACAUGCAAACGAUGCCCGGUCUCGGCACACGGCCAGGUUUCUGGGAAGUCGGCCUCGAUAAAGAGACCGGUAGAGUUGUUGGUUUGUUUUAG